AGUUGGAUAAUGCUCUUUGUGCUGCUUCUCCACUUCAACUCCUUGUACCUGGCUCCCUCUCCUGGUUUUGUUUAACAUCAGGGGGCAGGCAGACAAAAGACACUCAUCGGUUUGCUCCAUAAAAUGCAGAUAAUAUUUUAUAGAAUUUGUUAGUGAAUGACCUUUAUAAUUUUCAUUCAGUUGCUCUAUUAAUUGAAUGCUGUAAUUUUGUUGCACCCAGACAUCCACUUUCAAUUCAUUGUCAGCACAUUAGCCAAGAGGCGUCAAGAUACAGGCCACACUACAAACAUCAUCGUUUUAAAAAUUGGCCCAUGUCACUCAUGAAAAGUUGCCAUAAUUUUCACAAUAAUUUGUUGCUGAAAUUAUUUAGAUACUCUCAUAUUUUUAUUGGAAUAAUGUUUUAACUAGUUUGGUCAUAGGUUCAAGACAGAUAAAAUAAAAAAAAUAAUAAAAAAAAAUAGAAAACAUAAGACCAAAAUUGACGGUGAAUUUCUUCCAGACAUGUUUCACAUUUUAAAAGAACCGGUGUACGCUGCGUAUUUAUCUGAUCCCUUUACAGCUUCGAUCGUAAUGGGUUUAGUCCUUUAGGAAUUGACUCUUAAAUGAUCCGGUGCAAAACAGCAGCGAUGGAUGUGCGUUAUCAUUUUUGACUAAAAGGUAUUUCUAGUUGUUCUCGUCCUGCAAUUUGCUCAAUGCGAUGCCACUUUCCCCGACGAGAAUCCGCCGGACAGUCAUCAGUCAUCCGCUCGGGUCCUGUUCGAAUGCUCCACUCCGGUCCAGUCGUUUCCAGGGGUCACGGGGCGCAGGGUUUACGCAGCCUUGGAGAGGAGAUGCCAAAUGCACGGUUUCGGAUUUGGAGUUAGACGAAAUUAUGAGUUGAAUAGCUGCAACCAACUGAGACGAAUACAACAGCGUUAUGAGAUUUUAAAUUUAUUGUGAAUGGACUCCUCUCUUUUGAAACGCAAUCCUCAGUUCUUUCCUCUGAUUGGCUGGGAGCCAUUAGACAACUGCAAGCACCUGUGCCCGUCGUGAUUCGUGACAGCUCGUUUUUAGGCACGAAUAGCGCCAAAUAUGGCAACUUCAGUUUGGCGCAAAACCACUGUGAAAUUGUCGCUCUUCAUUAUCCGUGAAUUGCAAUAUGUGUUCGGGUCCUGGCAGGCCAGACGAACUCCAAACUCUGGUUUUUAGAAAACGGUGUAAAAAAAAAACAAACAAAAAAAAAAAAACCCAACCCACCGCCCUCUGAGGACGGUGCGCUUUAAUUCAUCUGGAUGAAGUGCAAGGGGAACAUAACAUAACCUCCUCCCCAAACUAUUACACUGAGGCAGCGCGCAAAAUGAAAGCACAUGCUCGUAUGUGUGCGCGCGCGCAUGUGUGUGAGUAGGUGCGCGCGCCCGGGCGCUGGGUGAAUGCUGGUGAACUUGGCCUCGUCUUUAAUGAGUAUUAGGCAGGGCCCAAGUCUCCACGACACAAGCCUGGAAAAUAACGCAGCAUGACAAAUUAGAGCUGCUCUCAGACCCAAGCUUCACACACGGGCCCCGGCGCUGAGAGGCUGGCACAUCGGCCUGACUCGGAAAUUUUAGGGAUCCGCGGCAGUAUGAACCUGGGGCUGGGCUGUGUGUGUCGGCCGGCCUGCUGGCCCCUUGGCAGCGUGCUGGACUCCAGACACUGUGUCUUUGCCCUGACACUCCUCACACUCCUCAUGCAGGUGGUGGUGGAGGCCAACUCGUGGUGGUCUCUGGCCAUGAACCCUCUGCUGAUCCCCGAGGCCUACAUCAUCGGUGCCCAGCCUUUGUGCAGCCAGCUGGUGGGCCUGUCCCAGGGCCAGAAGAAGCUGUGCCAGCUCUACCAGGACCACAUGCAGUACAUCGGCGAGGGCGCCAAGACGGGCAUCAGAGAGUGCCAGUACCAGUUCAGACAUCGGCGCUGGAACUGCAGCACUGUGGACAACUCCUCUGUUUUUGGACGGGUCAUGCAAAUAGGCAGCCGAGAAACGGCGUUCACUUAUGCCAUCAGCGCUGCAGGGGUGGUGAACGCCGUGAGCCGUGCCUGCAGAGAGGGGGAGCUCUCCAGCUGCGGGUGCAGCCGCGCGGCUCGCCCCAAAGACCUGCCCCGAGACUGGCUGUGGGGCGGCUGCGGAGACAACCUCAACUACGGCUACAGGUUCUCCAAGGAGUUUGUGGAUGCACGCGAGAGGGAGAAGAGCUACCCCAAGGGCUCGUAUGAGAGCGCGCGGCUGUUGAUGAAUCUCCACAACAACGAGGCUGGAAGGAGGACGGUGUCGGACCUCGCCCAUGUGUCCUGCAAGUGCCACGGGGUGUCGGGCUCCUGCAGCCUGAAGACCUGCUGGCUGCAGCUGGCUGACUUCCGCAAGGUGGGUGACGCACUGAAGGAGAAGUACGACAGCGGCGCCGCCAUGAAGCUCAACACGCGCGGGAAGCUGGUGCAAAUGCACAGCAAGUUCAACGCCCCCACGAGCCACGACCUGGUGUACAUCGAGUCCAGUCCAGACUACUGCCUGAAGAACCAGAGCACGGGCUCCCUGGGCACAGUGGGGCGCCUUUGCAACAAGACCUCGGAGGGCAUGGAUGGGUGUGAGCUGAUGUGCUGUGGCCGCGGUUACGACCAGUACAAGGCCCAGAUAGUGGAGCGCUGCCACUGCAAGUUCCACUGGUGCUGCUACGUCAAGUGCAAGCGCUGCACCAAAAUCGUAGACCAGUUUGUCUGCAAGUGAGAAGAGGAGCGUUGGCUGCGUGUUGGCCAGCAGACGAUGGGCAUACACAUCUGUGCGUGUGUGUGUAUUCAUGUGCAGAGGAGCGACGGAGUUGCACACAGCGAGAGAAUGGAAGAAAGAAACUAUAUAAAUUAUAUUUAUAGAGUUAAACAAUUAUGCCAUUGCAAAAAGACUGACUCUUUUUUUUUUUUUUCCCCCCAAAAAAAAAAAAAUCGUAUGUCUUCAGAAACUGAGAGUAUCGUGAAAUAUUUAUUUUGAGAUUGUUAUGUUAUAUCUUGGCCCAGUCAUCACCAGCUGAUUUUAAUCCCUUCAAGUGCCUUAAAAUGGCUGGAAGUAUCCCCCCCGACCCCAGCUGCACCAUUUUUAAUUUCAAAAUAACAUCACUGUUCUUGUCAUAUGGCUCACACUUGAUUGCAAAAUUGGACUGUGCUUCCCAUUUCGUAACGAGAGAAGAGUUUAAUAAUUGUGGCAUAUUUGUUUUGAGACUGACGAGUGUUGAGAGGAGAACACUCGGGUGCUCUCGUGUACGGGUGUGUUCACGCGGGCCCAGUCCAAAAACCAGCCUUCACAUCCUGACCGAAGUCUACCCGUCCCCUCUCUCGUCACAUGUAGAGUAAGGAGCAGGUUCGUGUGAGUUCUCGGGAGUACAGUGGCUACAAUAAGAGGGCUUUUAUGGGGGGAUUGGGCCAUUUAUUAAGCUGUCCCAGAAGCCUUAGUGUUCCCCAGGUGCUGCAACAAGCCCUCCAACCAUUAUGCACUUUGAUACAGAGGCUUAAACCUGUCUGUACAUGUCUGUUCAGCUGUUUUUUAGUUGUUGUUUUUUUAACUACAGUGCAUCAGCAAAUAUAUCAAUAUUAUAGCUUUCAUUCUUUUCCAUAUUAAUUCAGAUUAUCCAUUUAACAUUAUUCUACAAUACUAAACAUGGUUUGAAUAUAUAUGGGCAAUGUUGUGGUGACAGUGGUGAAAUAUUCAAUGCUCUGUGUAUAUAGUAUGUCUAUCCAACCAAUCAGUAAACUGUAUUUAUUUUUCUUUAACCAGAUCCUCCUUUAAGCUUAAAACAGAACAGCGUCUCCGUCUUGAAAUCAGUGUUCAGUCGGGCGUCCCCAAGUUUUGGAGUCACUUUUUUAUUUUUAUUUUCCUCACUAUUGCGGCUCUUCACUGUUUAUUUGUAAAGGGAAAAGCACCUUAUUGUUUCGAAAAAACACACUUCUCCUUUUUUUUUUUCUCACUCAUGUUCGGCUUUACUGUUAUACACACGCGUAUAUCACAUAUGAUCAGAUUUUUUAUCAUUGCCACACAUUUCCAAAACCACUCAGUUAACUGCUCACUAUCCCUGUGAUGAUUCUCAAUAGACCAAACUAUUUCUACCAAUCCAACUAUGUAUAUUUAUAAGCUUCUCCAUGAAUUUGAGGUUUGUUAAACUUAAUGUGUUAUAGCUGAUAUUUUGUUACUUUUUUUCAAAUUGGCUCAAUGCUCAAUAAAAUAUCAAAUGUAAAACCA